UUUCCAGGUCACUUUCAACAUGGAGAGUGGAGCAGGGAAGCAUUGGACUGAGGAGGAGGUUAAAGCCUUGUUAAGCGUCUGGUCAGAAAAAAAUAUCAGAAAGCAACUCCACGGCACCCUGAGGAAUAAAGGAAUAUUUAUCUACAUUGCUAAAAGGUUGCAGGAGUUAGGAGUUUGCAGGGACUGGAAACAGUGCCGUGCAAAGUAUAAAAACCUGAAGUACGAAUACAGAACGGUUAAAUAUGCCCACAACUCUGGGGAUGUCACUAAAACCAUGAAGUUUUUCCAUGAUCUGGAUGCCAUAUUGCGAUAUGAACCUGUCACACAAUUAGCAGCAGAAGAAAACGGCAGGUGUUCUGCGACUGAGACGCAGCUGAACACAAGCCCCACAACAGAGCGCACGCAAGGUGAAAUAUCAGUUUCUUUAGAAGAUGAUGAUGCUCCAGGAGAUCCACUACUUCUUAUGUCACAUGUCAGACCAGUUCAACUAGGUAAUCCAACAUCAGCAAUAGAGGCUUCCAAAACACCGGCUUUUAUUCCAACAGUAGCAAAUGAAGGAGGAAAACACUGGACUGUUAAUGAAGUCAGAGCUUUGAUACGCAUAUGGUCAGACAAAAAUAUCCAGCAACAACUGGAGGGGACAGUAAGAAAUAAAAGAAUAUUUGAACAGGUUGCUGCUAGACUUCAGAAGUUUGGAAUUGACAGGGACUGGAAGCAGUGCAGGACAAAAUAUAAAAAUCUGAAACAUGAAUACAAGAGUGUAAAAAGUGCCCAAGGCUCAGGGAGUACAAGUAGAAGUAUGAAAUUUUUUAAUGAACUGGAUGCUAUUCUGGGGCACAGCACCAUGGAACAAGCAAGUAAAUCAGAUAACGAUGAAAGUGAGAGGCCUCCAGAAUGGACAGAAGCAAAAUCAGAAAAGGACUCCAUAGAAAUGCCUGGAGACACAGGUGAAGAGGACUCUGUUAGUAAUAUGUCAGAAGACCUACGGGUUGCAGAUAUAAAGAAAGUUUCUGACUCAGAAAUCAUUGAAGAUGAGGGGGACUUUGCCAACUCCACCACGGUAGCUCUGGAAGCUACACAAAUAAAGAAAGAGACGAUUGACAUAGAUGAUGAUUCUCUAAGCACUACCUCAGAAGACAGAUCUUGUACGCCAGUAGCAAAACGGAUGGUCGGGACAGACAAUCACAUUCCCUUGGAAGAAGCACAAAACCACUUUAAAGUUAUUACAGUUAAUGAUACUGGAGCUGGAAAACACUGGAGUGAUAAUGAAGUCAGAGCCCUGAUAAACAUAUGGUCAGAUGAAAAGAUACAGCAAAUGCUUGAAGGGGCCACAAGAAAUAAAGAAAUAUUUGAGGAAAUUGCGAGAAGGUUAAUGAAACGUGGUAUAGACAGAGACUGGAAACAAUGUCGCACAAAGUACAAGAACCUAAAAUACGAAUACCGCGCACUGCAGAAGGAAAAUGAGCACCUGGGUAAUCCCAGGAGGAAAAUGAGAUUUUAUGAUGAAGUUGACUGUAUCUUAAGAAGACAGCCUCUGGGUCCCUCGAGCUGGGGAUGUGAAAGUUCAAGUCUCCUAUCAGUUUCAGUGGGAGCUGUUACAGCAAACACAGGAUCCUUGAGUAUCAAGAGAAAGACGUGGAAUGAUGAGGUGUCACCUGUUCCACUUAAGAAAAGUGCUUCUGAAAACACCAUACUCCACUUCCAAAAACUAUUAACAGAGAGAGUGCAUGCAGUAACAGAAGGCAAAAAGUUACUGUUAGAAAGGCUUUGUAAGCAAGAAGAAAUGCAAGACCUCAACAGAACACAGCUGUAUGCUGAUCCAUCAGCCAUACAACAGUGUGACUUCCCUGGUAGAAGAAAGGGUAACCUGAGGGAGGCAGUUUGCACUGCAAAGAUGACGAAUUGCACUUAAAAUUCUGAGUGAUGCACAAGGAUCAAAAUCUUUCCAAAACUUUGCUGUCAUUCAGUACAAUGUCCCUAAAAAAACUUUAUCUUAUUCCAGAAAAUUUAAAAAUAUUUAUUCAUUAAAAUAAGUGUAUUUUCAAGAAAUUUGUAUCUGUUUUUAAAUGCCGUUGUUCAGGUGAGAACUGCACAAAAGCACUGACAUAAGGACUGU